CUGAACGAAGGAGUGCCACGAGUCCGAGUCCGAGUCAGGCGCUUCCUCUUUUUCCCUCUCCUCCAGGAGCCCUGAGAGGUAGAAGUCCGCGAGGAAGGCAGGAAAGUGGAGCAGCGACUGGAGCAGGACUCCGAGCAUGGAGCCAGUGUCGUCGUGGAGCGAGGAGCGAGUCAUCCAGUGGCUCCAAGGUCUAGAUGCCGCCCUGCACCAGUACCCUGUGUCUGAGUGGAAGCUGAAUGGAGUGGACCUGCUGCAGCUGACCUCUCUCGACCUGGAGAGGCUGGGUGUUCACAAGAUGGGCCAUCAGGAGCUGCUGCUGGAGGCUGUGGAGAAGCUCUGUUCAGUGACGUACGGCCUGAGUGGAGAGAGUCUGCGAAGCCUCACAGAGAAGCUGCGGGCCCUGGCCUCCACUCUGCAGAUGGGCAUCCAGGGCCGAUGGAGGCUCAACAGCUACGACGGACGCAGCACCACCAAGCUGUCUGUGGGAGUACUGCAGCUGGUGGUGGAGCUGAUCAUUUCUGCCAAAGGACUUUUCUCUCUGCUCAAUAGAUACCAGUUAUUUCAGCUAAACCAGUACUCUUCCACUAAGGACAUAUUUACAAGCUGCAGACAACUGAGGGAAAUAGUGCACAAUGACAGCACAGUGUAUGAGAAGGAGAAGGACAUCAUUUCAGUGUGCCGUCAGCUGGUGUCCCUGUGUGAUGACAUCCUAAAGUCCAGUUCAGAGCUGCUUCUGUCCCACACAGCAGAGCUAGAGAGUGUUCACCUGGUGCCUGCUGCUCCAGGAGACCCCCUGGGCAUCGAGAUCACGUCAACCAGCUCCACCAACCACUAUGUGACUGGGACUGCUCUGGAGCCCUCCUCUGAUGUCAGUCUGAGGAUCUUGGCUGGAGAUGAAGUCAUUCAAGUCAAUGACCAGAUAGUGGUGGGCUGGAGCAGGGCCAACCUGGUGAAGAAGCUCAAAGAGGAUCCUAAUGGAGUCACACUGGUUCUCAAGAAGGUCCCUGGUUCAAAGAAACGCCAGAAUAAACCUCCUGAGCUGAGCGUGUCCACAGCACAGGAGGAGGAGGAGGAAGUCAGGUCGGAGCAUUCAGACGAAGAGGAAGACAACCCUAGACAUUCAAUCUUCGAACGAGUAGCAGCAUCUGUCAGGUCUUUGUCCUUCAGGAGAGCCAUACAGGGUCCAGAAGGAGGGCAGCAGCAGCACGUGGACCAGGGGGAGUCAGAGCUGCCCUCAGAGAGAAACACUGAGAGAAGCCUGAGUUCGUCCCAUCUGCCCCAGCUGCUCUCUGCAUCAGGCGAUUUGGAGGGUCGCGAAGGCGCUCGAUCGCCCAGAGGAAGGUCCCCCAGGAGAGGACAUCAGGAGGAGGACAGCUCGGGCUCAGAUAUGGUGGGACACACGAGCAACAAGGAUGCAAAGAAGUCUUCUGCUAAAGGUAUGAGCACAGACAUGAGUAGACGCAGAGUCUCCUGUCGUGAGCUGGGUCGUCCUGACUGUGAUGGCUGGCUAUGGAAGAAGAGGAGGGAAAGUGGAGUAUUCGUCACACAGAAGUGGCAGAGGUUCUGGUUCAUCCUCAAAGGGCCGGCCCUGUACUGGUACACCAGCCAGCAGGAUGAGAAGGCUGAAGGCUUCAUAAACAUUUCCAGCUACAACAUUGAAAGUGCUGGGGAGCACAAGAGGAAAUAUGUCUUCAAAAUGUGCCAUGCAAGGUUUCAGAACUUCUUCUUUGCUGCUGACCACGUCAGUGACAUGAGCAAAUGGAUAAACUGCCUGAUCACAGCCAUCCAAAAGCACAGGAAGCUUCAUACAGGACCCAGCAGUGAAGAAGAAUGUUACAGUGAAACGGAGUCAGAGAGUGAAAGAUCGCCCUCACCUGGACGGCGGAAUAAGAAAAUAAAUUACAACACUUAUCCUCGUAAAAAGGACAAAACCCAUAAGACGCCAUUACCAAGUCCAACAGCAGGUGGCAGCAAAAGCACAGGUCCUGUGGAUGAGAUGGGCCAGAUGCUCAACAACAUAAAGGAGGGAGGUGUAUCUUUGAUGGGGCAGGAGCAGCCCUUCACUCAUGACCACUUCAGGAGGUCCUUCAUCAAACGCUGCAAGAACCCUGUGAUCAACGAGAAGGUGCACACGCUGCGAGCGCUGCACAGCACACUCAAGGCCAAGGAAGCCGAACUUCUGCAGAUUAACAAACUCUUAGAUGAGUCGGACUUCAGCGCCACCAAAUAUCGCACAUGGAAGCAACACAACGAGGAGCUGCUCCAGGAGAUCGAGAAGCUAGCAUCUCAAAGAGACUCUAGCACUGGACCAAACAAAACCACAUCCAGUGCUGAGGUUGCCAUGGUGACAGUCGCUACAGCAGCAGCGGAGGAUUUGAAGAAGCAGAAGGAGGUGGAGGAGGAGGAGGAGGAGGAGGAGGAGGAGGAGGAGAGGGGAGCGUACCAGCUGAAGCUUUGUGAUGGAGAGCAGUUAGUGGACGCAGAGCCAGAGGAGGUGUUGCUGGAGCUGUCUCAUGAAUCUUCUCCUGUCUCUGUGGAAACAAGUCCCAAACUUGAACUGAACCUAGGCUCGCUUCAAGAGUCCAUCAAGCAGGAGCUGAACGAGAGGGCUGAGACUGGAGAGACAGAGCAUUACUUUUACAUUUAAGGAUCUGGAGAGACAGAGCAUUACUUUUACAUUUAAGGAUCUGGAGAGACAGAGCAUUACUUUUACAUUUAAGGAGCCGGACAGCAGGGCAGACUUUGAUUGUAGAAUUUGCCUUUUAAUAUCAAAAUGCAAAUUGUUGUUUAAAGUUAAGAGAAUUACCGGGCCUAUCUAAAAAAAAUUAAAUGUUGUUUAAAGUUAAUAGAAUUACUGGGCCUAUCUAACAAAACUAAAAAGAAAAGUUGACAAGUGGUUCAGUAUGGGUUCUGUGAGCACAGAUGAACACAGUGGUAGUUCUGUAGUGAUUAUUCACACAGACAGUGUGUUUAAGGGGGUAAGUAACAUUUUUGGUGGAAGGUCUGCAUGUCUCCAUGGAGUUGUUGACCAUUAAAAACAACCAUUAUGAAAUAAGCAGUAGAUAGAUAAGUGUAAUGCUCCACUGGCAAAUUUCAUAUAAAAAAUAUCCAGCUCCAUAAAGACGAGGAGAUGCACGACCCCCACAAGAAAAGUGACAUAGAGCAUGGUUCUUAAUGUCACAUUCAAACUUGAGAAGCACAUUUUCAAACUGCUGAAGUAGGACAUCUGUGUAACUCGUCCACAAAACCUCACAUAUCAUUGGUAUUGGCAUCUGUGUUUUCAGACAGUAAAGUGAAACUGCACAGCCAGUCAGAGUGCUGCUUUUGGUGCAGAAUUCAGGCAAACGAACAUAACAUUUACUCAUUUACAGAAAAGUGAUUAGCAACUUUGCAAAGCAAAUUUGUGGGCCAUAUAACUAAAAAUAUUCAGUUCACUUUUUAAUAGCAUUAUGACAGUUUUGAAAUAACUCGAGUCACAUUUCCCUGCCCUCCAUCUGACACUAUGUAAGGUUUUAGAAUAUUAUAAACACAAGCAGCCUACUGACAGUAUCCUCCUGUCCAGAAUGUUUAACCAUCACACACUGCAUCUUCACUCAUUUGGACAUGUCUUAUGUAAGGCAUCAGAACGGCUUUUCUUGUAGAGUUGGAUUUGAACUGGAUGAUGUGUUCGUAGAUUGGAAAGUGCCUUUCUAGAGGCUCAAAGCACUUUACAUUGGUCAAUUAUUCAUUUGCUCCGCAGCAGCAGCAACUCCCUCAAUGUCUGCUUCAGACAAACUUUCACAAACCUUUUAAAUGUUCAUGUUCUGUGUGUUUUAUGGCUAUUGUCCCUUGUAUAUGACAUAGGGGUGAGUAACAUCGACAAAAAGUGAUAUUUCAAACAUUCUGGGGAUUUACCCAAUAACAAUAAUCAAAUCAUAUUUGAUCCAUCAGAAAUGUGCUUACGCAUGUCUGUAAAUGUCAUGAGAUUCUCCAAUGUAUGUCAAGACUAACUGAGCCACAAACAUGCUCAAAAUCACUUUAAACCAGAGAUCGGGAAAUUCUUUUUCCUGUUUGCAGCGUUUCGACAGUCGUAACACAGACAGUACCUGGUAUAAUUUGACAUAUCUUCAAAACAAAUGUUCCAUUUUAUCUUGUAGACAAUAUGUUGUACACCUCUAAUAUAUUAAAGAGAGGAGCCUGGAAUAGAACCCCAGACUGUUCUGUAAGGAUGCAUCAAACACCACCAUUUCCUCUUAACACUUUCCUUCCUCUUUGGUAUGAAGCAUUUUGCCCGAGAACACAACGGCAGCACAAUGAGGAAAUAAUUGCUGUUGUCAAGUACUCUGUGAGCUUGGAAUGGCAUUGCAUUAAAUUACUGAGUUACCGUAUGACAGUGCAACACCUACUUAUUAGUUUAAUCAUGCACGCACACGCACAGACACUCGCGUGCGCACACGCACAUGCACACACGCAACAACCCCGUUCAAUAGAAUGAGGCUUUACCUGCUUAACAUGCAGAAAUAAUAAAAACUAUGUUUGUUUAAUCGUAUAAUAUCGCCAUAGAAAAAUGUGUCACAAAACAUAGUCUAUUGUUUUGUCUUUUUUCUCUUUUUUUGCUAAACCAAUGUAUAUGUUGCAAAACAAUUUCUUGUACAUAUUUGUACAUAUGAAUACAGC